AUGCCGACGGUUUCGUCCCCGACCAAGCUCUCCGCCGCGCUCACGGCGAGCGAUAAGAUCUUAGUCGAGGCCGUCGCCGGCGCGCUCGGUGGCGCCUUCGCCGCGCUCGCGUUGUACCCUAUCGAUGUCGUGAAGACGCGGAUUCAGGCGGAGGGCGAGACGAGCUCGGAUGAAAGGGAUGGAGCGUCGGCGUCGGCGCGAGGUCGGUUCCGCGUCCCGCGAUGGGCGCGCGCGCUACGAGACUUGAUGCGAUCGGAAGGCGUCGAUGGUGUGUAUCGAGGAGCGAUGGGUAAGACGGCGCACUCGAUUGCGAGCUCAUUUUUGUACUUUUACGCGUUCAGUGGGAUGCGGAGGGAGUACGAGGCGCGGACGGGGCGGAAAAUUGGGACGGGCGCGACGCUCGUGAGCGCCGCGCUCGCGGGAUGCGUGAACGUACUUGUGACGGAGCCUUUAGACACGUACGUGACGAGAAAGCAGUUGAAGACAAAGAAUACGACGAAGACGACGGAUGCCAAGGAAGGUAAGGGAUCUGAAUCGGACGAGGGACUGAAAGAGACGCUCAAGGCUCUGCGAGGCGCGAGUGAUUCGGAGACGGCUGAGGCAAGAGGAUUAUAUAGCGGAUUAGCGGCGUCGCUCGCGCUGACGAUCAACCCGGCGAUUCAGUACACCGCGUUCGAGCAGCUCAGGCAGCGCCUGAUGACGAUGCUCAACGUCCGGGCGCAGAGACAUGGGAUUUUGAAACCCGUGGUGGAGCUCUCAACGUUCGACGCGUUUAUCCUUGGCGCAGUGUCGAAAGCGGCGGCGACCGUGCUGACGUACCCUCUGGUGCGCGCCAAGGUGUUACAGAAGGCUGGAACUCGCGAGGAAGACACGAAAUCGCUCAUCGGAACGCUUCAGAGAGUGCAUCGAGAAGAGGGCGUGAGCGGACUGUACAAAGGCCUGGAUGCCCAGCUCGUUAAGACAGUUCUCGCUGGAGCAGCUCUCAUGACGGUCAAAGAAAAGACGUUUUCGUCCGCGCUGUGGAUGAUGAUCGUGUUUCGUGGACUCGAUAGAAAGACGUCUUAG